GAAGAAGAAUUUACAUUGAAAGAAGAGGAAGAAUAUUUAAGAGUGAAAGAGGAGGAUGCAGUUUGUGGAAUGAAGGAGGAUGAGGGGGAGAUUACUGUCACGUUGGAGGAGGAAGGGAAGACUGGAGAUCUGAUUAACACCAGAGAAAGACCAGACUCAGAGGAACCAGAGACGUCCAAACCAACAAGACGACACCACUGCUCCCACUGUGGAAAGAGUUUUAACCAUUUAAGGGACCUGCAACGACAUGAGAGAAUACACACAGGGGAGAAGCCUUUCCAAUGCUCCCAGUGUGGAAAAAGUUUUUCCUUGUUAGCGAGCCUGAAACGACAUGAGAGGACACACACAGGAGAGAAGCCUCAUCACUGCUCCCAGUGUGGAAAGAGUUUUACCCAGUUAGGACACCUGAAAGUGCACGAGAGGAUACACACAGGGGAGAAGCCCUACCACUGCUCCCAAUGUGGAAAGAGUUUUAACCGGAAAGAAUCCCUGAAAGAGCAUGAAAGAAUACACACAGUGCAGAAGCAAGAGAAACCGUACCACUGCUCCCACUGUGUAAAGGGUUUUACCGAGUUAGGGGACCUGAAAAUGCAUGAGAGAAUACACACAUGCGAUAAAUCUUUCCAAUGCUUCCAGUGUGGAAAGAGUUUUUCCGCGUCAGGGUGCCUGAAAAGACAUGAGAGAACACACACAGGGGAAAAACGUCAUCACUGCUCCCAGUGUGGAAAGAGUUUUAACCGGAACGAACACUUGAAAGAGCAUGAGAGAAUACACACAGGAGACAAACCCUACCACUGCUCCCAAUGUAAAAAGAGUUUUGCCUGGUUAGGACACAUGAGAAGACAUGAGAGAACACACACAGGAGAUAAGGAUGUAGGCUGCUGAACAGUGGGACAUGGAACUGAUAAAGGCUGCUGAACAGUGGGACAUAGGACAGAUAUAGACUGAACAGUGGGACAUA